UUUUCUUUUCCGGAUUCAUCCAGUCUUCAGACUGAGCAUUACACAUUGUUUUGAAAACAUGGCGCUUACUUUGUCAGAAGAAGUGAUUCGAAACCGGGUAAAUCUGCAGCAUGAUAACUUGGAGGAUGUUAAAGCCUUAUCGCUGCCAGGGACUUAUCAUGAAAAAGUUGUUUGUCUGGGAAAUUCUCUGCGGAAGUUUUCCAGAUUAAAGGCCCUAGAUCUUUCAAGAAAUUCCCUUGCCAGCCUUCAGGGAUUGGAACAUUUAAAACUGUUGGAAAAGUUAAACUUAUAUUACAACAAUAUAGAGACAAUGGAGGAACUAAAGAGGCUCAGAUACAAUACAAAUCUGAAGGAUCUGGAUCUCCGGCUGAAUCCAGUUACCCGGACUGAGCCAGAUUACAGACUCUAUAUGAUUCAUAUGCUACCAAAUCUUCAGAAACUGGAUGACCGAGGGGUGAGGGACCGGGAGAGACAGGCUGCCCUGGUUCACUUCAGCUCCAGUCAGGCCACAGAGAUGACCCACCACCCCCCACAACAGGAGCCUGCCCAGAGAGCACCAAACCCAAGGGCGGAAAUGGUCAGGGGGGUUGGAAAAGGAGUUGUGGCCUUAGAUGAUGAUGAUGUGGCUGUUCUCGACCUCAUUGCAAGGUCAGGUGGUGACCUUAGUCGACCUCGUCCUAUAACUGGGUCAUCUGCCAGAGAAGACCAGAUGCAGGAGUAUUCAUUGGAUGUGUUAAAAAGUUUGGAUACAGAACAAACAGACAGUCCAUGGGAGAGGCCUCUCACCCCACCAGCCCCUGUAGAGGUGGAUGAGAGAUUAAAGACUUAUGCGGAGAAAUAUCCCAACAUUCCUGUGGUGAAUGUGACCUCUUAUGAUGACCCACAAUCUAGACAUGAUGUCAACCUGCAGUAUGAGGAUGAGGCAGAAGCUUACAACAAGUUCAAAAGUCAUGGCUACUUCACCCCCCACCCCAAUGCAGAGGUUCAUGCAGAUCAAAACAGAAAUCAAAGGGAGUUCACUCAGGACCCGCCCAGGGUUCCCACCCAGAGAAGAAGAUCUUUGGGAGAGGAGGAAGAUGCGCAUAAGCGAUCAAACAGCGCCCCCUCCAGGAAAGUAGAGGAUGACUUUGGAAUUCAUAGAGUGAAUGGAACAGACCAUCAAAGAUCCCCUGAUGAAUCAAAAACUAUAAAUGGAAGCACGCGAGGAAUGGCACCAGAAACCCCCGAGAAUAGAGCCUUCCUCUUCAAAAUUCUAGAUCUAGUUGACCGCUACUGGAAUGGAUCUAAAUCCCUCCACAAGCAUGCCAAGUUCAAAGCGCUGGCCUAUGGUGUGAUAGAAAACUUCCUGAAGUCUGAGGAUGAGGUGGAAGAGAGGGAAAAGCUUCAAGGUCAUUUAAAAACUCUCCAGGAUGAGAAUUAUCGACUACGGAAGUAUGAGGAGGCAGCCAAAGCUAAUCUGGCUGACAGUUCCGUCAAUGAGACACAGUUGAAAAACUCCCUUACAAAGGCCUACAGAGAUGUGGAUCAACUUAAAGAAAAAUUGCAGAAAUAUCAAAGUGAAAACAGAAAGCUAUCAUUUCAACUGAAAGAAACUGAAGAAUCAAAACACACAACAGUCUCUAGCCUCAAUCCAGCCCAGCUAGAUGAUAUCCAGCGACAGAAUGAGAUUCUGAAGUCUGAGGUGGAGAUGUUACAGAUCCGACUGAAGCAGUUUGGGCAGGUUCAGGAGCUGGCCAGCAUGCUACAACAGAGCCACAAGUCACUAGUAAACACCAACGAUCAUCUCUUAAAAGACUUGGAAGACAGCAAGCGUAGACAUCAAAAUGAAAUUCAGCAAAUGAACUGGAGCUACGAACAGCUCAAAAAAUCCAUGAACCUCUCCCGAGAUAACACAAAUAUGACUCGAGAGGGGUAUUCCCGAGGCCCACAGCGACAAGAGUUUGAUGCUGGGGGUUCAGAAAAGUUAUCUGGGUCUGCUUUAUUCUACAGAGACAUGGACUCAUAGCCCCAGACUUGGUGACUUAAAACAUCAGCUUGAACUUUACACAAGUCAUGAUUUUAUGUGCAUCAUCAUCAGGUGAUAUUAAUUGUAAAGAUCUGAAUCCUGCAUGCGAUAUUUAACAUAUUUUGACAGGAAAGAAAUCAAAUACAGAUUUGUAUUUUUUAAACCUUCCAGCAGGUCCAUCUUGCCAGUCUGGUUUGUUUUUCUUGUAGAUGAAAUGCAUUUAUAAAUUUCAGUAUAUAAUACAAUCAUUGCGUAGUGUGAUAUACAUGUAUAUGUGGUAAUUAUGAAAUAUAGCGGCAUUUUUGUGUAUUGUGAGGGGAUGGUGUUUAUCUGGUGUUCGAGUGACGUUAACUGUGCAAUGGUUUUUUUUUAAUCCCUCUUAAUACAUAAGUACCUCUAGUUGAAAUACAUGUAUAUAUAAAGUACAUGCAUUAGGUAGUGAAUGUCAGCUGUUAUUAUUGUUCUGUCUGUAUGUUACUCAUUACAGUUAGCUCUGCUGUGGUUGUUAAAAUCAGCAAUCUUGUUCAUACCUUGCACUUUUACAUGUAUAUUGGUGCAUCAGGCUAGGGUCUGUUCAAUUUACACAAAUUCCGUCCUUGAGUUUUUAUAUUAAUCUCUACGAUACUUGCAUUUUAUAUAAAAUAAAAAUGAAAAACUUG